AUGGCGAAAAUGGUUAUCUCAAAUUUUUCAACUUCUGUGGAUUUUUUCGAGUUUAUAAAUCUCAAGAAAUAUAUAAUUGCGUUACAGAUCUCAAUGAUAUCGACCGGUGGUGAAAUUGAUUUUCGAUCAAAAAAAUAAUAGAUCUGAAUUUGUCCGAAUGAUGACAGAUAAUUCCUCAUUUUUUUAAAAUUUGUAUAUACGUAAAAGAUAAGAAUUGAUUCGUAAUGUUGGAAUAAUUUUGCAAAAUUUCGGGCCAAUCUCAGUUUGGUAGCGAAUGAACAAGUGUUUUCAUUGGUCUGAAUUUUGCAAGCAGCUUCCAGGAUAUGUGGUAUUUUGAAACCGUUUUCCAGUGAGGAUACGUCAUUCCUCCAUUGCCAUAAAUCUUCCGUCAUAAGCAGUUAUAACACCACAAUCUAUUUGACCUUUACUCGUUAAAAUCUCUACCCGGUCCGCUAUCGUUUAUUUUACCAGACGGGGAAAUCCACGCUCAAAAUGUCAGAGCCAAUAAAUGUUGUUGUCACCGGGGCAGCCGGCCAAAUUGCCUACUCUUUGCUCUACCAACUGGCUGCUGGAUCAGUCUUUGGACCAGAGCAACCAAUUAAUCUACGUCUUCUGGACAUUCCUCCCAUGAUGGAAGUUUUGAAGGGAGUUGUUAUGGAACUUGAAGAUUUAGCCCUUCCCCUCCUUAGAGAUGUUUUGCCAACGGAUGAGCCUGCUGCAGCUUUUAAAGACGCAGCCGCUGCUUUUUUGGUUGGCGCAAUGCCUCGUAAGCAAGGAAUGGAACGUAAAGAUCUUUUGUCAGCAAACGUGAAGAUCUUUAAAGUUCAAGGAGAGGCUCUGGACAAGUACGCCCGCAAGGAUGUUAAAGUUCUCGUGGUUGGAAAUCCAGCAAAUACUAAUGCUCUGAUUUGCUCCCAUUAUGCGCCAUCCAUUCCCAAAGAAAACUUCACAGCCAUGACCAGAUUGGACCAAAAUCGGGCCCAAGCUGCUUUAGCUGGCCGUUUAGGCGUACAGGUCGACAAGGUAGAAAACGUGAUAAUCUGGGGAAAUCACAGUUCCACACAAUAUCCGGAUGCAGGCCAAGCUACAGUCGCUCUUCCUUCGGGCACAAAACCUGUGCCAGCAGCAAUAAACGAUGAUGAUUGGUUGAAUGGAACCUUUUUGGAGACAAUUCAGAAACGAGGAGCUGCCGUAAUUGCAGCUAGAAAAAUGUCAUCUGCUAUGUCAGCUGCUAAAGCUGCAGGAGAUCACAUGAGGGAUUGGUGGACAGGAACUAAACCUGGCCAGUGGGUCAGCAUGGGAGUCGUUUCUGAUGGAAGCUAUGGAAUUCCGAAAGACAUCGUCUUUUCCUUCCCAGUCACUAUCGAGAAUAAGACAUUCAAAAUAGUUCAAGGUCUUCCGCUUAACGACUUUGCUAAAUCAAAACUGGAUGUCACCUCCAAAGAAUUACAGGAGGAACGAGCCGAAGCAACUGAUGUUUUGCAGAAGUGACUAGAUGGCACACAUUCCUUGGAAGAAAACUCAGAGAAAAUAUCCAAGUUGUAAAAAAAAACUGAGAAUUUAUGUAUCAAUUGUUUGGGAAUGCAGUAGGUAUGCAAUGUUAUGUUAUGUAUUUCAAUAAAUAAACAAAACUGUGUCUAUUA